UGGGAGGGGGAGGAGGGGAGAGGAGAGGAGAGGAGGGAUUACCCUGACCUUUUUCAACUCACACUGCCUCAGACGGCCACCAAGCAGCUGAAGAGAGAGCAGCCAGACGGACCCAUCAUGUCCGACAAACCAGAUUUUGCAGAAAUUGAAACAUUUGACAAGACCAAGCUGAAGAAGACAGAAACCAGAGAGAAAAAUCCACUGCCCACUAAAGAAACUAUCGAACAGGAAAAGCAAAGUGAAAGUACAGCCUGAGCAUAAAAUUGAAGAUGUGACUGCUGCUUCUUCAGUGGGGUUUUGACUUCUGAGUUGGGUUGUUGUUUUAUUUUGUCCCUCCCACCCCAUAUUUGUUGCCCAUUUAUUUUAGGAAACAUUUGGUCAUUUAAUGUUCCCUGGAGAAGUUUGUUUUGUGUUUGUUGAAGAAGAUACUAUGUAUUUGUAUUCUUAAAAUUUUAAUUCCAAGUUCAACCCCAUUACUUGGCAAA